CUUGCGAAAAAACUACUACAAAAACUUAAUUUGGUGAGCAAUGUACUGGGUACUACAGGUACCGUGACAGCGUAACCGGCAUCCACCCCUCAAUCCACAAUUGCAAUGAAUCUGCGGCCGCGCUGCCGCAAAUGGUUGCCGCUGGCAACGCAGCAGCUCCGUCUCCGCAACCUGACGCGUAUCCAGGGAUUCAACAUUGUGUGCCGCCAAUUGAGUGGAGUGACGGAGGCGGAAGUGGAAGCUGAGGCGGAUUCGGAGGACGUGUUGCUUUACUAUACGCUUCACACAGAUAAGGCUAGUGAAGCACUCUACACGAGCGAGCGGCUGCCGCAGCGCCAUCAGCAGCAAAAGUGGGCGGAGAUCGGUGCAGACGGCGAUGCCUGGCGGAAAUCUAAUGCGCAGUGUGUGUGCGUCAAGGUGUGGAAGCACUGUCCGGCAGCCAAGCGAUCUGUUGGCCAAACAAGUGAGACUGACGAUAGGACGAAGGACAUGUGCGGGGAGCAUGGGAGACGCCCCGAACUGCUGUUCAGCUGGGGCGUAUACUUCUCCGGCCUGAUACCCCUGGCUCCUCUAACGAUUGCCCAGUGCGGCCAGAACUGUUUGAUUUUCCAAAUGAAUGGCGAACAGUUUGUGUCCCCGUCGAUGAUCAGCGAGCAGGGCCUGCAUGCGCAGCUGCAUCUGCACUAUCAGAAUUACGGGGAGGAGGAGAAGGAGGAGCAGCCGAAGGACCAGCUCGGCAUCAACUCUCCCAACACCAGUCGCAGCGCGAGUCCCGUCCUGAAAAUGAGCACGAUGCGGCACGUCCAACUGAAGUGCCAUCGGCAGGAGAUUCGCCGCAGCUACAACCUGGACAAGCUGCUCUUGCUGCAGCGCCUGCAACGACUGCAGCAGCAGAAGCUGCGCCACAUGACUGAGAUCGGCAAGGAGAUUGCUCGCCUGAGCGUUCACUGCGUCACCAGGAACGAGCUGCGGCUCAAGCCCCGCACCACAUCCCUAUCCGGAGACCACUCCCACCACAUUCACCAUUCCAUGGGGCGUACGCUCAGCGUUCUGCUGGCCGAGCAACAGCAGAUUGCCCCCCUGGCGCUGUACAAUGCCCAGCAGCUCACCAAGCAGAUUGAAGGUCUGCGCUGCAAGCAGCGGCUGCUCCAAGCGGAGCGCGAAACCUGCCAGCAGCGAAACGAGAAAGCCACCCUUCGUCUGGAGGCACUGGCUGAGAGAAAGGAAGCCCUGCAGCAGAAGUUGCACAGGCAGCGGCAUCACCUCGAGAAAGAACGCCUAGAGCUGCAGUUGCUGCAGCCCCAGCACCUGGCUCAGCGGGAUCAGCGACGCCAGAUUAUGCGGCAGAUGGAACGGCGCAUGUCGACUUUGGUGCUGGAGCUGCAGGAGAUCUACAACAUCCAGAGCGUGGGCGGGGGUCAGCAGCUCAGCAUUUGCGGAAUUGCGUUCCCCCACAUGGAGCAGUACACAAGUGAUUCGCGGCAGGCGGCCAAUGCCCAGGUCCUUGAGAAUGUCUCACCGCUGGCGGUGAGUGCGGCACUCGGCUAUGUGGCUCAUCUAGUGCAGAUGCUGGCCAUUAUCAUGGACAGGCCCCUGCGGAACCGCAUCCUCUACGAGCCCUCGAAAUCGAGGAUUGUGGACGAGAUCAAAGAACUAACCUACACCACAAGAGAGUUCCCCCUCUAUACGCGCUCCGUUCUGCCGUCCCAACAGACCAAAUAUGCCAUCUACCUGCUGCGUCAGAACGUCUCCCAGCUAUGCUUCGACAUUAUCGGUCACUGUGAUCUGCGCAACACCUUCGGAAAUCUCCUGGAGCUGUUCAGCACCUUGCGAUAUAUCGAACGCACCCAGAGGGGCGACGAGACGGACAGUGGCAGGACGCGACUGGUAAAUGGUCUGACAACCCCGGCGAACGCGCACUUGUCCCAGUCCCAUUCAUCGGUGGACAUGAAUCAUGUGGCGCUGCCCACCACCGCAAAUGCGGCCAAAGAUGCCCUGCUCCAGCAGCUGCUGCCACCGGGCGUGAGUCAGGCUCUGGCCAUCGAGGGUUAUGCGUCAACGCAGCGCAUUUGUCGUUCAGUGGGUUCCUACUCGGAUGGCGAGGAUGAAUUUCGACCCAGAUUGGAGCACAACUAUUCCAAUUCGGACUCAAACAUAGCCCUCCAAACGGAGCGCAGCUGAAUGGGGAGCACCAUACCAAUAUAUCUGAUGUAUCGAGCGUCUAUACUCGUAUUUAAACACCCAUACUCCCCGUACCAUAGCCUAGCGAUUAAAGCCCCCCAAAAAUCAAAGCAAUCUGCACAGCUGUAUCCCAAAGUGAUUGUAUUAGUUGAAACACAUUUGUUCUCCUUUAAAUUAUUAUUAGAUCGGAUGUGUGAUUGCUUUGAGAACAGCCCAAAAUACGGACCGCGUCUACUGUGUGCAUAUUAUUUUUAGUAGUCUAAGAUCUCUAUGUAAAUGGCCGUUUAUUGUUUUUUCUGCUAAACUAAGCUAUAAAUAAA